AUGUCAGCAUCUGCAGGCGUCCAGGCGACCCCAGACAAGCUGCGGGUGACCGCACACGAGCAGUAUGAUGCACCGGAAUCGCUCUCCCCAUCGACCGUCGCCGCCUCGCCACUCGACCAGUUUCGCACCUGGUUCACGCAGGUGCAGGGUCUCGCCCGCGAGCCCGAGUCCAUGACGCUCAGCACCGCGUCCGCCGCCGGCAUUCCCUCUGCGCGCACUGUGCUCUUCAAGCAGCUCGACCCGCGCGGCUUUGUCUUCUACACGAACUACACCUCACGCAAGUCUCGCGAGCUCCUCGAAAAUCCGUACGCAGCGCUGACGUUCUUCUGGCGCGAGGUGCACAAGCAGGUGCGCGUCGUCGGGCGGGUGGAGAAGCUCACGAAGGAGGAGAGCGAUGAGUAUUAUCGGAGCCGCCCUGUCGGCAGCCGGCUAAGCGCGUGGGCGAGCAAGCAGAGCACUGUUGUCAACGAUGGCGAGGUGCAGGCCCGAAUGGACAAGCUCCAGGAGCGCUUCGCGGUGCAGGAGAGCGAUGGGACGGGCGAUGUUCCUCUUCCGGACUUCUGGGGCGGAUGGAGAGUAAUUCCAGAUGAGGUCGAAUUUUGGCUGGGGAAGCCAUCUCGUCUUCACGAUCGCGUUCGCUACCUUCGAGUGCCGGGGUCACCAGAAGAUGCACCCCAGUGGACAAUAGAUAGGCUUGCGCCUUGA